AUGCUUUGGCUGGCUUUAUUUUCCAUCCCCGUUGUUCGAGGGCAGUGUUCCCAGGAGUGUGGACCAAUUUCCUCGCUUUUAUCAUCAUGCUCGCUUCCUGAUCUCGACACGGACUGGCACGAGUUCCAGCAUCUCCCCGUCGAGCGCAAUCUCUCUGGCCGGGAGUACGCCCCAUUCGGAAAUGGCCCCUCAACAGCUCGGAUUGCAACCUACGAUGAAGCGCGGUGCUUCUGCACCGAAGCCAUCAAUUCACUCUCCGACUGUGAAGUCCUGUGUGGACUCGUGCUAUUCCGGCCCCGGGCGGAGACCACAAUAGCCAACCAGAAUAAGGUUGCAGGGUAUUAUCACGAGGACUGUAAGGCGUUCGGGUAUUUUGCCAACUCGACCCUCUCCUCUCCUUCUACGACUCUAUCAUCCAUGCCGCCGGCGACUGAAGCACCGGACUACAACAGCGACUGUGAAAUCUGCGGUGUAAUCCAUGGACAAAUUACGGAAUGUCGUCUCGUCGACCUGAGACAUUUCCCCGCCACCAGCUCAGACGAGUGUACUCGCGGAGGGGUACGAUUACUACGGGAACGUAUUACUCAACCGAACGGCCGCCGAGUGCUUCUACGACUCGAUGGCUGCAGAAAAUGUAUCAACAUGCAAAACGACGACCUACGGGAAGUCUUCGAUAUGUAUCGAUCCGAAUGCGAGGAUCUAGGCUACUGGACUGACAGCCAGGUUGUGGAAUAUGAAAGCUCCCCAAGUAGUACUAGUAGUACUCAAUCUGGAUCGAGCCCGACUUCACAAGCACCGGAAUCUCCACAGACUGGUGGGGGAGCUAAUCUCAAACCGACAAAACUGCUGCUGCUUCUUGUAUUAUCUGGUUCUAUGUUACUUUGUAUUUUCUGA